GGCAAUAAGAGCGGCGGCGGCGGCAGCGGCGGCAGCAGCUCCCGCAGCUCCUGCUCUGGUCCGCCUCGGCCCGGCGGCGGCCAUCAGCCCCCCUCGGCCUCGGCUCGAGGGGCGGGGAGCUUCGCGCUCCCCUCGGUCCGACCGCCAACCUCCCUUCCCCGCGCGCCCCGCGGCCCGCAGUCCGCCCCGCGCGCUCCUCCCCGAGGAGCCGAGCCCGCGCCCGGCCCGCCCGCCCGGCGCUGCCCCGGCCCUCCCGGCCCUCCCGGCCCUCCCGGCCCGCGUGAGGCCGCCCGCGCCCGGCCCCGCCGCCGCCGCCGCCGCAGCCCGGCCGCGCCCCGCGCCCCGCCGCCGCCGCCAUGGGCUGCCUCGGAAACAGUAAGACCGAGGACCAGCGCAACGAGGAGAAGGCGCAGCGCGAGGCCAACAAAAAGAUCGAGAAGCAGCUGCAGAAGGACAAGCAGGUCUACCGGGCCACGCACCGCCUGCUGCUGCUGGGUGCCGGAGAAUCUGGUAAAAGCACCAUUGUGAAGCAGAUGAGGAUCCUGCAUGUUAAUGGGUUUAAUGGAGAGGGCGGCGAAGAGGACCCGCAAGCUGCAAGGAGCAACAGCGAUGGUGAGAAGGCAACCAAAGUUCAGGACAUCAAAAACAACCUGAAAGAGGCGAUCGAAACCAUCGUGGCCGCCAUGAGCAACCUGGUGCCCCCCGUGGAGCUGGCCAACCCUGAGAACCAGUUCAGAGUGGACUACAUUCUGAGCGUGAUGAACGUGCCUGACUUUGACUUCCCUCCUGAGUUCUAUGAGCAUGCCAAGGCUCUGUGGGAGGAUGAAGGAGUGCGUGCCUGCUAUGAGCGCUCCAACGAGUACCAGCUGAUUGACUGCGCCCAGUACUUCCUGGACAAGAUUGAUGUCAUCAAGCAGGCUGACUACGUGCCCAGUGAUCAGGAUCUGCUUCGCUGCCGUGUCCUGACUUCUGGAAUCUUUGAGACCAAGUUCCAGGUGGACAAAGUCAACUUCCACAUGUUUGACGUGGGUGGCCAGCGCGAUGAACGCCGCAAAUGGAUCCAAUGCUUCAAUGAUGUGACUGCCAUCAUCUUCGUGGUGGCCAGCAGCAGCUACAACAUGGUCAUUCGGGAGGACAACCAGACCAACCGCCUGCAGGAGGCUCUGAACCUCUUCAAGAGCAUCUGGAACAACAGAUGGCUGCGCACCAUCUCUGUGAUUCUGUUCCUCAACAAGCAAGACCUGCUCGCUGAGAAAGUCCUUGCUGGAAAAUCGAAGAUUGAGGACUACUUUCCAGAAUUUGCUCGCUACACUACUCCUGAGGAUGCUACUCCCGAGCCCGGAGAGGACCCACGCGUGACCCGGGCCAAGUACUUCAUCCGCGACGAAUUUCUGAGAAUCAGCACUGCUAGUGGAGAUGGGCGCCACUACUGCUACCCCCACUUCACUUGCGCUGUGGACACCGAGAACAUUCGCCGUGUGUUCAACGACUGCCGUGACAUCAUUCAGCGCAUGCACCUUCGUCAGUAUGAGCUGCUCUAAGAAGGGAACACCCAAAUUUAAUUAAAGCCUUAAGCACAAUUAAUUAAGAGUGAAACGUAAUUGUACACGCAGUUGAUCACCCACCAUAGGGCAUGAUUAACAACGCAACCUUUCCUUUUCUCCCCAAGUGAUUUUGCGAAACCCCCUUUUCUUCCCUUCCGCUUGCUUAAAUAUUCCAAAUUUAGAAGGCUUAAGGCGGCCUACAGAGAAAAAGAAAAGGAAAAAGGCCACAAAAGUUCCCUCUCUCUUUCAGUAAUUAAAAUAACAGCAGCAAACAGAGAUAAUGAAAUAAAAGAAAUAAAUGAAAUAAAAGAAAUAAAUGAAAUAAAUGAAAUAAAUAUUGUCUUGUGCAGCAUUAAAAAAAUCAAAAUAAAAAUUAAAUGUGAGCA